UGAAAUUAAAACCGCCUGUUUUGGAACUGCGCUACAUCAAUGCAAACAAAGGCGUUACAACCACUACACGUGUGUCAGUUUUUAAAGGUAGAUUUCGGCGCGAACGCUCGGGUUCAAUAUGGCGACUAAGUGUCCUGUCGUGUAGUAGCUAUAUUUUGAUUGAAACUCGUCCUGAGCCGAUAGAAUUGGUCAAAAUCAUGAGAUUACUCAAGUUAAUUUUAUCUCUUAAAAAUUGUCCUUAAAGGAUUCUCGGAUCGAGAUCUCUUUACCCCACUUGUCUGUGUCUCGUGAAGAAAACCGCUAGUAAAAGGAUAAUGCGGCAUCAAAAUUAUUUGUCGUAUACAAAAAUGUUAACUUUUACAUAUAUCAACUGUAUUUUCGGUCACAUUCCUGUCCUGAGUACAGAAUUUUUUUCUGAUAUACAUUGCUUUGAACUACAUAUACCGUAUUUGGUAUUAUUAACUACUUGUUUCAAUUGCGCGUUACAUGACCAACACCCGAACACACUAGACCUGAAAAUAAAGAUGUCAGCAGAAGAUUGUGAAAAUGAACUAAUUGCAUUGGAAUCAAUUUAUGAAGAUAAAUAUCAACUUGUACAAACUACACCUAAACGAAAAAUAAAAGUAAAUUUAAAUGGUCAAUCAGAUAAUUCACUUUCAACUAAAGUUCGAUGUCAACUUCUUUUUGAAUUAACAAGCAAUUAUCCAAAUAAAGCACCUAAAUAUCAAAUACUUAAACCUGAAAAUCUUUCAAAUGAAGAUAUUUCUGAUAUAAAUAUUAUAAUCAAUGAAGUAAUUGAACGAUCUCUAGGAUUUAUAAUGUUAUUUGAUAUAUUAACAGAAGUUCAACAAAAAUUAGAUAGUAUCUGUACAAAAAUUUUAAUUCGUCAGCGUAAUGAAGCUAAAGAAAAACGUAAAGCUAUACAAUUAGAAGAAGAAGCAAAAUUUCGUGGUGAUAGAGUUACAGUAGAAUCAUUUUUAGAAUGGAAUACAAAAUUUCUUGCAGAAAUGGAAUUAUUAAAAGAGAAAACAAUAUCUGAAGAUCAAAAUUCUGUUAAACGACUAACUGGACGUGAGCUAUUUUUGAAAGAUAAUCAUUAUGACGAUUCAGAUUUGACCUUUUUGGAAACGAAUGGUGGUGAAGUGGUAGAGAUUGACGAACAUUUAUUUGUUGACAUUGGUGAUAUAGACUUGGAUGAUGAUGAUGACGAUGACGAUAAUAACCAAGUAGCUGUGACGGGAACAGCCUGAACAUAUGAUAUACUUUGUACAAAUUAAUUUACUUCAAAAGUAUCAUUGCUUUUAUUUUAACAAUUCUCUUCCGGUAUGUAAAGACAACGAUAUACAAAGUUGGAAAUAGACUUCUAUAACUAUGUAAAUUCUAAAAAGUGCGAAUUUGGCGACUAUAAAUCGUUAACUUGC